AUGGCCGAAAUCCUCGACGUCUCCCCCGUCGGGUGGGCUGGGAUGAAAAGCCACUGGUGGCAGUUUGUCCUGAUCGGCAUCCUCCUGGCAAGUGUAGUAUGUGGGUGUCUCUAUCUCACAUACUCCGGCUUCAAGAGAUUCACCGAAUGGUAUAAGUCGCGACCCCGUAAGGAGGUGGUGCCGGCCCAUAUAGUUCAACAGCUGGACAAGCUUGCGACUCAACAGCUUGGUCUUACUACUGCGCAUCACAGCAAACAAAAGCCAUCCUCUGUGGGCGUCUACCUGGGGUCCUUCACUAGUCCUCUGACUGAGACCCACCGUCAAUUGCUCGAACGUUGGGAUCUCAUCAUCGUGGAUCCCUUGAAGCCCGGUGUGGUAUCUGGUCUUUCACAAGUGCAAGGCAAGCAGUUUGUUGGUAGACUUGACCUCACAGUACUCCUCAAUCAAGAGACUACUUCGACCGCAAUCGAGAAAAUUGGCAAUGUUUUGGCUGGGAGCUUUCGCGAAUCGGUCUUGAGUGGUGUUCUGCUUGCUAACUGGGAAGACAAGUUCACGUCAAGGGUGCUUGCAAGACUGUGCGAGACAAUCAACAACCUUGGCUUGGCCGUUUAUCUCGAAACAGCUCCACCGAAGUUUCUCCAAGACCGGGAUGUAUUACAGACGACUGCAAUUUCGGGGCUUGUCAUCAAGAAUGCGAGUAUCCUCCCAGACGGCCAGAAGCGGGAUUACUUCCAGCUGGAGAAAUUACAUCCAACGAUCAAGGCAUUCGUCUCCGAGGCGUGUAUGCGUGACUUUUUGGUGAUAGCUUGGGAGACCAUUGACGACACCGCCUCGCUCUCCAACGCGGUAAUUCAGAGAUCAAUGCAGUGGUGCAAUUUCUAUAGCGCAAUCCCAUGGAUUGGCCGCGCAUCCGCCCUUGAGAACGCCGCUCUCAAUGUCAAAAUUCUGGAGCCUCUUUCUUCUUUUGGGUGGCUGAAAGACGCCGAGAUUAUGAAGGCCCAGGACCGCUGGCGCACUAAUCUUCACAUUGAACGCCAGCCUGUCGACAAUGAAUCCUGGACUUCUUUGAUCCCGUUCUUCCCGACUUUGAAGACACUACUUGCGUCGUCAGAUUAUCAGUCGCAGCUCAGCGCCAAGUCGACUGGCUCUCUGCGUGAGCCUCCAGAGUGGGUCGCUCAGGUUAAAUCGCAAGGUAGCCCGUUAUCGAUUUCCAUGGCUGGCGUCGAGUUCAAGGAGCUAGGCUGUUUCCCUCUAGGCUCUGAAGCAACCCCUUUGGCAUUCGCUGAAAUCCUGCAAUCCCAGCAACGGCUCAAGUCGCAUAGCCUGCUCCAUCCUGUUCCUGCUUCUAAGCUGCAAAGUCUGGGGCUUCUCCUUAGGCAGUUCCAUGACAAUUUGGCCUCGUGCGACUGGAGUCCCUCUGAACAGCUCGCAGCAGCCAUUAAGCAGCUUGCGACCUUGGCCUCCACCGACCAACUACGAGUAUAUCUUGGAUUGGAUUCUGGUCUACGUAAAAGUACCGAUGUUCGCUUCUGGGCUGUCUACCAGAUGGAUGCAGAUGGAGUCGAUAUAUUCUCAUCAAAGAAUGCUCAAGGUCUUACGGGUACCGUCUUGCACACAUUCUUGUCGGCAAAGGGAUUCCCACGCCACAUCUGCUUUGAGGCAGAAACCGCUUUGGCGCAAUGGUCAAAGGACCUUGUCGAGGACGUGGGUCUACCCCGCCGCAUUGUGCAGGAUAUCGAUGCCUUGAGCCCCGAAGAGCGACUCCUCUUGUUGCAACAUCUGUCUUUGACUGACGCGCCAAGGCCUAUGUCCGAAGACAUUUGUGCUUAUAUCCGCAGACAACUUAUAGACCUGCCUUCUCUGGCCCAGCUCAAGGAGCUGAACACUACUGCCUAUCUCGAGGGAUCCGCUACCCCAGAAAUGGUGGUAGAUACCCGUCUCACUUGGUAUAAGGAGCAGGGUUGCCAAUUUCCUUCCCCGACACUCUGCCUCGCCUUAUUCAAAGAGGCCGAAUCUGUCUUCAACAAUAUACUACGCGAGCGAAGAGAGCUUGAACUUGCUCAGAUCUCUGAAGCUUUGUGCCAGCUUGUCCAAACCCCUUCUAUUGAUGCUUACACGGACAUGCUGGCCCUCGCAUUGUUCUGUGCGGCAAGAAAGGGCGCCUUGGAUGAAAUUUACACCGAAGUGACCGACCGGAACCCGCUCUUCAACAAUCAAUCCGACCAAGCCGCUGCUUUCGCUGAGUCUUUCGCUCUUGGAUCGCGUUGUGAAGCCUACUUCGACAUGGUUCCCAGUGCUUUUGGAAAGUUGCUGUCAAACCGAUUUCGCAAGAGCUAUACGAACGAAAAGCUGCCAAAUUGGAUCAAUGGUGCUCCUGAUAUGGCUACAUCGUACGCUGGCGCACAGAUCGAUGUGAAUCCAGCCGACAAGGUCAAGCCUAUGCGUGGCUAUCAGCGAUUCACAUUUCUCAGUGUCUUCGCUUUCCCUGCGCUGAUCGAUAUCCUCUUGCUCACCAUUAUCGGGCGCGGGCUGUAUCUUUCUGCUUACAUGACUUAUGAUGAGCAGCAGAGUGCUACCAUCGCUCUAAUGAUUUCGCUCUUGUUGUCCGGUGCUAUCGGCACGUGGAUCGCUUGUGGAGGUCCCUAUUAUCUGAUCUCAAUGGCAUUCGCCGCCGCCAACAUGUUUGUCCUCAUCCGAUUGAUUGCCGGAAUUGCUUUCACCGUCGCCGGUGGUCUCAUUGGGUUCAUUGCCAUUUCUGCCACAGAGAGCGCACGGGCCGGAAUCAUCUUCUACCUGUAUCUGAUCGCAUUGACGAUCUAUUUCUCAAGCUUUGCCUCCCUCGCCAGUUUCAGCUAUCCCGGCUCCACUUUCCUAUCAGGCCGCAAAAUCAUCUUCGCGUGUGUUCCAAUUCUGUUCAUCUCGCCCAUCGUGACAACUUUCACCGGCCAUGAUUCAGCCAUCUACCUCGCGGUCAUCUAUGUCUUUAUCAUAGUCCUACUCUUUGGCCUUCGCUCUAUCGCCUCUAAGUGGGUCACUUGGUACCAGAGCUUGAGAAGAACCGAUGACACAGAGAUCCGCAAGUGGUAUGUUGCGACUUAUGGUAACAACGACGAGAAAGUCUUUGGAAACCUCAGCGACCCGGCCGUGUUAAAGCUGUCCAGAGAAGCGCUUCUGAGGGACGUGAUGGCAGAGAAGAACCGCCACUUCUAUAAGAAGCCCACAACGGAUACCCUGGUGCUUGAAUUGGCUAGAGACUGGGAUGCUACCAAUUUUCUCUUGGACUGGUACUGCAGAUACGCUGAUGUACCCAGGCCGAUUCCGUUCAGCUCGUCUUGGAAUAUCCAAACCAAAGUCGGCCUGGAUGUGCUCAGGAACUCUCAGAAGGGCAUUCGAUUGCACAACGCUUUCAUUCAAUGGCGGCAAUCGAGCAGAGAGAUUGGCUGUGGUGUUCUGUACUUUGUCGUGGCCCUCCUGGACAAGUGGGUGCAACUUCUGUCUGGCGGACAUGGCAAUGGUUUGCUGUCCGCUGCUGACAAUGAGUCACAGAGAAUGGCUGUGGGAUUCGGCCUGGCUUAUUACUUGAUUGGUGCUGUUCUCAUUGACACCAAAGCCCAAGAGUUACACGACCUCGUUGGCCAGCACUCGUCCGUAGCUGUCCCUAUGUCAAAGGACAUCCGUGCGACGCAGAAGCGGGACGUACGAUUCAAGAGGAAGGUCUACUGGAGAGUCCUCUUCAGAUUCCUUAUGUGGCAUGUAUGGAGCCUUGCGCUUGCUACAGCUCUUCUGUGGACUUUCCAGUCCUCUGUCGAAGCCAUGAUUACGUUCUGCGCGUACAUUUUGGCUUACACUGGGUUGCUUUGGUAUCAGUAUACCAAAAUAUUUACUGGUCCUCAUGCUUUCAAGACCCUUCUUCUUGGAUGCGCUGUCGGCUUACCUUUGGGAAUCGCCCUCAAAGUUUGUCUCCCGCAUUUCCCUUACUCUCAAGUAAUCGGAUUAGGCUCGGCCACUUGGACAGUCGCUUUCCUCUCCCUUUUCUCUGCGAAGAUGGGAAUGCCCAAGAAGGUUGACUCACCUGUUGAAUUGGGAAAGACUUUCCAUGCCUACACGGCUCCAUGGGCCGACCCCGAGUGGUCCCAGCAAGAACUGCAAACUUUCCACGAGAAAAUCGCACAAAUACCUUCGGACGCGCGCUUGAAACUGGAGCCACAAAAUCAUCCUGGUGUCGAAGUCAAGGAAAUCUUGCUCUCUCGCAGAAAGGAACUUAGAAUCGAGGAUGCUUUCCCAAGAGCAGAGGAAUUGAUCAGUCUUGCCCUUGGAGCGUGGGGAAAAGGAGAAAUUACCGUGGAGCUUGUGCCGUCUGGGUCACUGGGCCCUGGCAUUCACGCGCUCAGCUGCAGCACAACGACACACCUCAGCAUUGCCAUUGGUGUUGGACGUGGACUCGAUCAGCGCAUUGAUGUCAGUGCCAAUUGCCAAGUCAUUGCUGAAACAUUGCUUCAUGCCGUCGCCGAAUCAAUGCUGCAUAUCCCUCACGAGUAUGCUAUUCUGUCCGAGUCUCUCGUCACCGCCGGUGUGACUGAAACUAUGGCUCGCCAGCUGCGAGCGGAAUCUAACACCGCGGUCGUUGUUCGCUGGGCUAAAAAGGAACUACUCAAACACCUGUGCCUUGGCUUUGAAUGUGAUGCUCAUUGGGAAAAGCUUCCCAAGGACAUCAGAGACUCUCUCUUGAACCGUUGCCUUGGCCAGCCUUGUCAGCUGUCAAGCGAGGAUCGGAAAUGGCUUGAAGGGCGUCUUUGCCAAUUCGACACGGAGGAUCUUGAUGUGCAUGUUGCGCGUUGCAACCUUGGUGCUGCUACCGCUGUCAGCAUUCUCGAUUAUGCACACUAUGGCACAGGCGAAGCUGUUGUAUUCCAAGAUCCAGAGACUCCAGACUACAUCCCUUAUGUCUCCAAGAGGCUCCCUGCAAUCAUUCAUCUUUUUGCAAAGCCCUGGCACUCACUCUAUUAUUCAUUGGCAUCAACGAUCAAGUUCAUUGUUGUUGCUCUCAUUGCUGAUCCUGAAUUCCAGCGAGAAUUCGACCAUGUCAUGAGUCAACGUCAUGCUAUCAUUCGUGUACCAGCCACCCUGGCCUUGAGCUUGAUUUGGUCGUAUUCGAGGAUCGUGCAGAAUCUAGGCCUCUCAUUCUUUCUGUUUCACGGCCGCAGCAAUGUGAAACAGCUCUGGGAUGAGACGAAAGGAAUGACUAUCAGCAUCAAGAAGAGCCGCUUUGUUAUUCAGAGCUUGGACGGAACAUUCUCUGCUUUCAAGCACGACGAAGCUGAUGGAGGGUUCAAGAUCUACUACUACGCGGGACAGCACAAGGCCGAGCCGGAAGGCACGAAAAGUCUCAGCUACGUCUGCGUCUAUUCCAAGGAUAUGCUACUCAUGGUCAGACAAGAAUUUAAAGGUGGAAAGGUGAUCAAUGAGUAUCAUUAUGACUACCGUGCCCCGUCCAAGAAGGGAUUCUCCUUGUCCAAGCUGUCUUCUGCCAAGGUUCCAAUGGGACGCCGCUGUGUGCGCGGAGAGAAUCAUCUUCAGAGUGUGCAGUACAACAAGAAGGGCCUCAUCGAAGCAGGAUCCUACAUGAAGGACGGCAAUCUGAUUCGGUUCAAGUAUCAUUAUCGCAAGAAUCCUCGGUUUGGAGAUGAGUUGCUUCGGGCAGAAUUCGCUCUCUCGCAUAUCACCUGUACUGUCUCUUGGUGUGCGCCUCCUCUGCGCCAUCCCCAGAAGAUUGAUCGCUGGAUACCUCAUUCCAAGGUGACGGAAGCCUCGUUUGUUCAGGGUGCGGACGUCUACGAGUCUCGCUGGCUUUACGAUCACAAGUUUCAUCCUACGAUCUUCACCACACUCAACGGACAGAAAAUUCAGACCCCACCCAUGAUCGAGCAUGACUACCUCGCUGUACUGGCCAAACCCCGGUACACUAGCUUUGUGCAUGACAAUCCUCUUCUGUAUUGUGACAGUCUGAGUUCAAGUAUUCUUACCCGGUUCUUCGGUCUGACAACGAAGCGCUUUCCCGUGUCCACUUCUCGUGCACGUUCGUUGAUCUGGAAGGCUUGGAAGGACCGCGUGGACUUCGACGGCAUUAUUGUCCGGUGGAUGGACGAACGUCUACUGAGAAGAGACAAGACGCUUGCUCCUUACUGGCGCAGCAGAGAUCGCGGUGAUCUUGCCUCAGCCAAGAAAUAUCUGGACUUACGCGCCGAUACAAUCACGGCCAGUGCAGACCUGGACGACAACAUCUCCAGUUGGACUCCCUUGGCUGUCAAGAUAAGUGAUCUGUUCAACUUCGGACCAGGCGGUGAUGCUGUUGUCAACACAAGAUCUAAGGACUUCGGCUCUGAUACCGAGAAAUCACUGCACGUCAUGGCUGCGGACAAUGGUACCUGGCCAAACGAAGGAGGCGGCGUUUCUGCUUGCCGCCGUGAUAUGAUCAAUUCCCUGCGAACGAUCAAAUGGCAUAUGAUCUGCGAAUCUGCAAACGACUUUGGUGUUCCCAAGCAUCAGACAGAGCAGAACAUUUUGUCACUGAAAGUGGUUCCUCUUUGGGGUCUCGACUUCCUCACGCCCACGCAUGGUCUCUUCAAGAACAAACUUGACUCCGAGGUCGAGAACGUCACUUCCGCCAGCGAGAUGGACAUCAAGAUGAACUUCAUCCCUAUCUUAACGGCCUUGGUGAAGGGAGCCCGUGCUAUCCACCUUUCCAAGGCUGAUAUCCAGCAGGCAACUAGAGCCUUGGUGAACCUUAAUACCUAUUUCCAAGACUCGCGUCAUUGGACUCAGAUCUGGGACAGUGAAAUUGUGAAGGAGAGCUGGCGCGAUCUCUGGCUGACUCAGGAGAUGCCCAAUGCAACCCCUUCGUCAGAAUGGUACGACACUGAGCUUCCUACCUUGGCAUCUCUCGACAUAGCCCUUGAGCUCUGGUAUCGCUAUCUCUUCAUCUUCUCUAUUCCCAUCCCUGAAAAGAUUCCCAAUGUUUUCCAGGCAUCACAUCACAGCGUCAGUGCGUCAUAUGGAGUUGUCUGCAAGAUCAAGAGAAACUGUACAUUGCAAAUCUGGGACCAUGCCAUCAGCUGGCGUGAGACGAAUCUCUGUCUUUCUUCUGCCCUCUGCAAGCUUUCGCCUUUUGUUCGCAAUGCUCUUCUGGGCUUGAUGCGAGUCACAUCGGUUCUCACGCUGCACCACGCUGAUAUCAUCCUGCCAUGUGCCGACUUCUUCAACCCAGGCUGGGAAGUCGAAAUCGGUACCUGUCAAGGAACCAUUGAGCAUCGCAAUGUCUUCCGUCGCAAGGUUGAUCCCGUGGUCAACGGUAUCACCGACAUGCAGAAGUUUGCUCCAGUUAAGGAGAUCAAAUCGCAGCGCCCUACAGUCACUAUGCUGUCCCACGUUUGGUACGCCAAGGAUAUCAAGACAGCGCUCCUUGCCGCGGAUAUCAUCAUCAAUCAAUGGAAGUUCGAUGACUACCAUCUGGACAUUUACGGUGCUAUCGACAAGGCCCCAACAUAUUCCACCGAAUGCCAAGAGAUCAUUGCUUCGAAGGGACUUCGUGGUCGAGUCACUUUGCGUGGUACUGCUGACCCGAUGAAGGUGCUGGAGAAUACUUGGCUCUUCCUGAACUCGUCUUUGUCUGAAGGUUUACCGCUGGCGCUGGGCGAGGCUGCUCUUACCGGUGCACCCGUUGUCUGUACUGAUGUCGGAGCCUCCCUGCGUGUGUUGAGUGACCCCGAUGACUUCUCCCGCUUCAGCGCCGUGGUUGCACCCAACGAUGCCUUGGCUCUCGCCCGCGCGCAGAUCACCAUGCUUGGACUUCUUGGGGAAUGGAGUAAAUUUGCCGACGAUACCGAGGCACCUCCUGUCUUGACUUCUGCACCUACCCCGGAGGAUGUUGCUAAGAUCACGCGCCGCAUGUAUGAUAAGAGCGAACACCGCCGCAAGCUGGGUAUGAUGACCCGCAAGAUUGUGCAGAAGUCCUUCAGUGGUGAUCGGUACCUGCGUGAGCAUGAGCAGAUGCUCUGGAUCGGAAAGUCCGCUAAGAUCAUGGCUAGUCGCCCCAACGCUAGUCUUAGUGAGCCCGCUGAUGUUGCCACUGCUCUGCAGCAAACUAUGCCAAUUGACGAAGAAGUUAUUACCAUACCACGCAGCGCAGUUAACUCCUGGCGAUCGUCCGCUACGUCUGGCAUGUCAAGCUUCUACAGCUCCGUGUCUAAUUUCCCUAUGCUGAAUGCGAAUCAACGCCCGUCGUCCAUCCGGUCAAGCCUGAGCAAUGCUUCUACCGACGCUAGCUCCUUCCUCCCUCUCCCGAGCAAUGCCUCUUUGCCUGUCUUUGCGCCUCGUCAAACCCUCUCUUGGUCGGGGCUCGCGGGUAACAAGUCGUCCAACGGUCACCUUUCCCCAACCGGCCGGCUCUCCCCCGUACUCAAUCGCAACGGGCAUCACUCCCGCACGCACUCACUCUCUACGGCUGGUCGAGAGCAACUGCGUGGACUUCAACGCGAGGAUCUACGGCAGUACCGUAACUCGGACGUGAGUUUGGUCAUGCGUGACGAGUUUCUCCAGUCCAGCUACUUCCGGGGUCUUGACGGUGGCAACAAUGUCUGA